AUGGCGAGAUCGAAGAAAGAUGCCGAAGCCGAAGUGCGGUCAUGGGGAUUCAACCACGUCUUCACCUGGACCGACGGGCCGAAUGCCUACUACUCCCCGCAUCGCCACCAAGCACUCUCCACCCAUCUGCUUCUCCGCGGCGAGCUGACAAUAAGCUAUCCCGACGAUAAGGAACCAAGGAAAGAAACUUUCGGGCCCGGAGCGCGAGUCGAUGUCGACGCCAAUCGCCGCCACGAAGUGUGGAUGGGCCCGGAAGGGUGUACAUAUGUGAUUGGUGAAUAG